UUAUUCCUGUUGCGUUGCGGGGUAAAGACAUCAUUGGCUUAGCUGAAACUGGAAGCGGCAAAACCGGGGCCUUUGCCAUACCAAUUCUCCAGGGCCUAUUGAAGAAACCCCAUUAUAAUUACUCCCUUAUUUUGGCACCAACACGGGAACUUGCUCUUCAAAUAAGGCAGCAUUUUCUGGAUUUGGGUUCAAAAUUUGGACUAAAAGUACUUUGCCUUGUCGGCGGUCAGCACGUUGAAGAUCAGUAUAAGUCUUUGAAGACUGAAAAACACCAUAUUAUUGUCGGAACUCCUGGAAGAAUAGCUUACCAUAUUGAAAAUUCAAAGGAAUUACUUCUUCACCGAGUACGUUUCUUUGUUUUGGAUGAAGCUGAUCGAAUGCUUGGGGGUGAUUUCGAUUCACAGUUGGAAAGUAUUUUGUCAAAGUUGUCAGAGAAACGUAAAAGUUUCCUCUUUUCCGCAACAAUGACUGGGAAUCUUGAAAAAGUACAAGCUGCAUGCCUUCGGAUGCCUGUGCGUUUGGAAACCGCAAAAAAAUAUACCACUGUUGAUAACCUAGACCAUGCUUUUGUAUUCCUACCGGAUCAGCGGAAAGAUGCUUACGUUGUGAAGCUGCUAGUUGACCUUGGUGGGAGUACUUCCUGUGAGUCAAGAACAGUUAUUUUCGUUUCUACGGCUCGAGAAUCGCUUCGCCUUGGCGAAAUUCUUAAGACCAUGAUUGGCAGGGACCGUGUCGUCAUUUUGAAUGGAUUAAUGCGUCAAGAUAAACGAGGAGCUGCACUUCAGAAAUUUAAGUCCGGCGAAGCCACCAUUAUGGUUGCCACUGAUUUAGCCUCCAGAGGUCUUGAUAUACCCGAGGUGCAAUUGGUUAUCAACUAUGAUAUUCCAAGCCAUCCUGCAUCAUGGAGCGAGGCUGCAAAGGCCUACAUUCACCGAGUGGGUCGAACGGCGCGAGCUGGACGUCCAGGUCGGGCUGUAUCUCUUGUUACUCCCUACUCUGUCACACGUCUAAAGAUUAUUGAGUCGACUCUGGGUUCUCAGAUUGCUCAGCUGGCGUGGGUUGAUCCUUGCGACUCAGAUCCCAAUCUGCUUAGUAAAGUCGAAGAAGCCGCUGCUCAUGCUAAGGCGGUGAGUUUACGAGUCCACUCUGGUGAUAUUGAUGGAAAAAACUUCUUUUUGCUACAGGCUUUUCAUUCUAUGGUGUUCACAGAUUUAACCUGCUAA